AUGGUGUUGAAAUCGAAGAAGCAAGUAAAGGGUAGGAAGCUUCAUGGCGGUGGUAUAAAGAAGAGGCGAACACAGCGAUUCAUUGUCGAGUGCAAGAAUGCUGUGGAGGAUGGCAUCAUGAAAGUGCACGAUUUCGUAAGUAUUAUUUGCGUAAAACUCGUCGCACCGCGAAAUCCCGGGACUUCGGAGCGGGGGCUGAAAAUAAAUCACCUAGAACAGCAGAUGUAG